GGAAACGUUUGACGUAUCGCCUCUUCUGUUUAGCCCAAGAUACUGAACUGAAUGGAGAGCCUUUGGAACUGAAUGGAGAACACGAAAAAAUUCUAUUACAACAAAAAUAUUUCAGCAGAGCAAAAUUCUGUGCUUUCCCACCUGACCCGCCGGUGUACUUUGAUGGAAAUUGCUAGAAAUAGUGAAGAAAAGAGAAGGUCACUGUCUCGAACAUCUAGCAUGGAUAGCAUUCAUCAGGCCUGUACAUCAACUGAGAAAGGAUCAGCAGCAGAUUUGUCAUCACAAUCAAUGUCAAAAGGCAAACAGAACACACCUGCUUCCUCAGAAAAUGCUGUUACUAAAAAGGAAUCGUCAUCACCAGUGCUUUACAAAAAUGACAAAUGUAUUUCAGCAACGGAGGAAGAAUUGGUUCAUGAUUCUGGAAAUGCCAAGAGCGUUUGUAAUUCUCCUUUCUUUGCCAGUAAGAUUAAACGUUCAGAUCUGUUGGGUGAUCGUGAAGCAAAACUUUUAUCUGUAUCCUCAGAUUCCCUUUCCCCCAAACGGAUGUCUCGUUGUUAUUACGCUAUUAUUGUAUCGAUAAUUUGCCUUUGCCUGAUAGGAGUUAUGGGCGUGGUUAGUGGUCUUAUUUAUUUAAAUGUCUUUACUGAAAAUGGAAAAUGGAAUAGUAUUUCAACUAUGAAGUCAUUACUUAGUGGUAGAUAUCCAGCUUCGAGUGGAGCUCAGCAUUUUAAAAUGAAUAAAGAAACAGAUGUUGAACAUGGUAGUAAAACUCAAAAAGAAAAUCCUAGUCAUUUUGAACCUUCUGUAACUCUUAAUAAAAGCAAUUUGAAUAACAAAAUUAUAGAUAUUAAAUUCGACAACAUAUCUGUUAAUCUAUCUGAUUCAAGUUCAGUAUUUAUAGAAACUCCUACCAAUGAAAUUACAUUGCAUACUAUAUUACAAGUGGAGGAUACUGCCAAACAAUUCCCGAAAAUUAGCGUUUUGGAAUCGAGUAGGAGAGUGAGAGAGAACGAAAAUAUCACCAGCAAUAUAUAUGGAACAGAAGGGUUUAUCAGAAAGGAUCAUAUACUCGUUAGUGAUCAAAUUAUACAAAAACACAUAUUUAAUAUUACUUCUCCAAAUAAGGCAGUUAAGAAUUCCAUCCAUUCGUCUGAUGCAACGAUACACUCUGCUGUUAAAGGUAUGCUUCAGAAUGAUAGUGAAGUAUUUAUGAAAGAAAAACAAGCUGAGAAGAAUCAGAAGCACGAUUUCGCUCAGUCAGAGUCAGAACAAGCUAUUUUACCUACGACUACUUUGAAAGCAAAAGAAAUUAAAUACGCCACAUUGAAUAAAGCAAAUACACCAGCUACAACGCCUAUUAUUUCUGCUACAAGCAUCAAAGACGAAUUGAUCGCUGUUGCUCAGUUUUCUAGUCAAAGUAUGAAUCGAGAUAAUCUGUCAUUAAGCACUUUUAAUCUCGAUAUUCCUAAUCUUAGUUCCAUGAGUGAACAUCGUGAAUCUAUGUUCAAAAGUGAAGAAAGGCCUAAUGCGUUUUUAAAGCAAACUUCAACAACUGUUACCACUCAUCUACCCAAAAUUCCUAUUGAUAUGAAGUCUUCUUUGGCUGAAGCUUUGAAGCACUUGCAGGUUCUCGAUAACAGUAGUAAACUACCUACUUCUCGCAAAAAAUCCAUUAAAUUACCUAAACUGAGCAUUAAUUCUCCCAGUUCGGAGAAUAUAAAGAGUAAAGUACAAGUUGUUCCGAAAACUACCUCGUCAACCAACGAGUUUGAGAUAACAGCCCAGCUUGAAACUGGAAAGUUUAAUUCGAUUGUAACACCAGAUGGUGUAAUAAUUCCAAUUCCCAUUCAGUAUAUGACUAGCACAAAGUUAGAGGAAAGUCCCACAACUAAGCAGCCUGUGAUUACAAGAAGUCAAAUGGAUAUAAAAUCCUCCCUUGCCGAAGCUUUAAAACAUCUUCGAAUGUUACCUAAGGGGAGUAAAUUACCAUCACCACGUGUGAAAUCUGCCAGUCUGCCGAAAGUACCAGUUUUAAGUCCUAGCAUAGAAACGUUUCCUGAAGGAAAACGUGCUGCUGCUAAUCCUUUAAAGAGUAACAGACUCAGAGCUGAAUAUGGAAAACCCAAUAUUAACGGAGUAUCCGAAUCAGUAACAGAACAUUAUUCUGGAAUAUCUUCGCAUGCAAAUUUUGCUAAUAAACUUAAAUUAGAACUCGAUGAAUUGGCUGAUGUUCCAUCUGGUGUAAUAUUUAACCAACCUAAGAAACCAUUUGGUUUAAUAUCAUCACUAGGUGACGCUUUGAAAUAUAUGCAAAAUUUGGAUCAGUUGAAUAGAUUACGUUCAACUCCACGCCAAAAGAAAUUUAUUAAAACUGAAAAAUAAUCAGUUAAGAAAAAUCUUCGUUAUAGAAUACAUUUAGAACUUUCGUUUAUCUGCUUUUUAUUCAAAACUUUUUAUUCAUUUAGUUUUUAAGGCGUUUUAAAUCACCAAGACUUUAAAUAAAUUUAUACAGAAUUUAACUAAAAAUCUUUGUCUUUGAAUGUUUUAUCACAUAAACCAAAGAACAUACAGCAGUUUAGGUAAGUGUCACGCGCAAUUCAAAAUAUGUGAUUUUUCAUUGCAAUUCAUACAGAAAUACUGCAUUUUCAUAUGAAAGACUGUAGCAGAAUUUGCUCGCACUUUCGACAUCUAAGUUAUUUUUCAAAUGAGUUACAACUAGUACCUUUUAACGCGUUUUCUCUAAUUGUAUUUUCUUGAGAUGCAUUCUUCCCAAACAGUGACACGCAGACCCAUCUUAACAGAAUAACUCUCCAUCUCGACACUUGUAGUGUUGUAGUCUUUGCCGAUACAAAUAAAUCAGAAGUUUCACAAUAAGGGCCUCUGCACUU